AUGGAGAAUGGGGGCCGCCUCCUGUCCACCACCUCCGAGACCUCCGUGUCCUCCGUGUCCUCCGUGUCCAUGCUGGAGGCCAAGGAGGAGACGCGACUGGUGCUGCAGGCCUUCCUCCACCGCGCCGCCACCAUGCCCCACACAGAGCGCCCCGGCAGAGUGGGGGGGGCGUAUCGCGACCACAACAAGCACAGGUACAACACUCGAGAGAGGACGUAG